AUUUAUUGGGUUACUACCGUAAUUUUCAGUUUGUCAAGCUUAAAGUGCGAAGUGGUUGCGUGAAGUGAAAAAUUAAAUUGUGGUGAAAAAAGUGCGAAGGAAGGAGAUUCAGAGGAAAUGGAAGGAUGCUGCAAAUUCCCGACAGGACAAGGAGGCGUGGGAGAAAGGUCCUUCUGGAGAGGAAUGGGUCCGCGGCUUGGUUCAAUUUGAACCAAGUCCCGAAGUCGCCCUGACCAAGACAUUAUGUCGAAAGUCAGGAGAAAAAGCCGUAGUAUCCACUACCGCUAGACCAAAAGAAACUUUACCUUUUAACAAACAUUUAAUUUUCAGAAAUUCGCUUGCUAAUAUUACACAAUACGGUGGCGGUUUUUCGAAAAAAGUCAAAAAGAAGAUAAAAGACAAAGCUUAUUAUGAUAAUUUUGGAAUAAAUACUCCUAAAAUUUUUAUUCACGGAUCUUACAGUCAAGAUAAUAUUGCGCUUUUUGGUCCAGUAUCUAAUAAUAGACAAUGUACACCGAAUUCAAUUGCGGCAAUAGCGUACGCUCAUAUUUUACCUAUAUCUAGUUGGUUAACAAAUACAAUCGACAAUAUUCUUUUGAAAGGUAAUGAAAUUUAUUUAACUUGUCACCCAAAAAUUAAUACCAGUUCAAUUUAUUUGACCGUUGAUGAAGUGUGCGAUUAUCCUAUAUACAUUGAAGACACGAAGAUGAGUAUUAAACCUGUAGAUAUAUUAGAUGGUUAUGAAUUUAUUGAAGCAUUGACAGGUUUGCAAGGUGAACUUACUGGCAAACAUGGAGAUGCAAGCCUAGAAAGAGCACUUGAACACUUUUUUGACUAUUUCAAAUACGGAGUAAUUACUUGUAAUUGGCUUUCAGUUGCAAUAAUGAAGGAAAACGAUAUGUAUUAUUAUUUUGAUAGUCAUUCACGUGGCAAUCUUGGUGAAUUUAUUCAAAACGGAACAUCUAUUUUGUCUGGAUAUACAGAAAUUGUUUCUUUGCUAAAUAUACUGAAAUAUAAUUUCUCACAUGGUGAUUUAAAAUACAAAGGAAAUAUACCUUUUACGAUUACACCGAUAACAAUUAAUUUUGAUAAAAUUGAGUUAAGUAAAUGUCAUGCUUUAAAUGAGCCAGUACAGGAUGUUAUUACACAUGAACAAACUCCAACCACGAAUUCCAUUGAGACAAAAAUUGCAGAUAAAGUCAUAAAUUCGACAGAAACAAUCAAAGUUACAAGUAUAAAUAAAAAACGUGAGUACGAUAAAAUAUAUAAGAAAAAUUUGAGAGCACAAAGUAAAUUUUACAAAAAAAUCGAGAAUGAAAAACGUCAGAGAUCACACGUAGAAGAAAGAUUGAUUUUAUCUAAUAGAGAAAAGGAAAAUUUAAAGCGAAAAUUAGAACGUAGUAUUGAAAGACAAAAUCCUGAAACGAAAUUUCUAGAAAAUAAACGGCGAAAAUUAGAACGUACUUUUGAAAGGAAAGACCCCGAGAAGAAAAAUUUUGAAAAUUUAAUACGAAAAGAGCGGCAUAAAAUUGAAAGACUAAAUCCCGAAAAGAAAACCUCUGAAAAUUUAAUACGAAAAAAGCGGCAUGUCAUUGAAAGACAAAAUCCCGAGAAGAAAAUUCUUGAAAAUAGAAGACGUAAAUUAGAGCGUAAAUAUGAAAGGAAAAAUCCCGAAAAGAAAGCCAUUGAAAAUACAAAACGUAAACUAGAACGCAAAAUUGAAAGGAAAGAUCCCGUAAAGAAAUCCAUAGACAAUGAAAAGAGAAAACAUAGGCAUAUAAUAGAACGCAAAGAUAAGAAUUUUAGAAAAAAGGAGAAUGAUCUAAGAAAAGUUAGAAUGCAGAAUAAUAGUAAGAAAAAAUUCCCAGAAUCCAUUGAAAAUCGAACAACCAAUGUAAAGUCAAGAGAUAUUCAAACUCGUUUUUGGAAGAAACUCAGAAAACCUAACGAUUCUGAUAUAAUAGAUGAUAAAAUUGAGAAGGCAAUUAAAUCUAAAUAUGCUAGCGUUGAUCAAACGAAAUUUGAAAAUCAAAUUCUUAUGUAUCGAGAGAGACUCAAACGAUCCCUUAAAAUUAAGAUUAAUUACAAGUAUAAGAAAAAUUUGGGAAAUAAAAAUUUUAAAAUGAAAAUUAAGAAAAUUAAAGACAAAAAUCGAACACUCUUGGAAUAUUUUUCAAAGAGAAAACAGGUAACUGAAUUUAUUUGUGGAUGUUGUGAAGGUAAAUUUUUCAAACACAAUGUAAAGAAAUUGAACAUUGAUAGAUGUAAAUAUAAAAAUAAAUCCGACCUUGAAGAUUUUCUCAAAAUUUCACAAUAUUGUUGUACUACAUGUCAUUUGUAUUUGAAUAAAAAUAAAUUGCCCACACUUGCGAUUAAAAAUGGUCUAGACUUCCCAGAAAUCCCAGAUUGUCUUAAAGAUUUGAGUGAUUUGGAAGAGAGAAUGGUAGCGCCUAUCAUUAACUUUAUGGAAAUUAGAGAAUUGAAAAAGUACGCUUUGAAUCCACAGAAAGGUCUAAAAGGUAGUGUUGUUCACAUACCUGUUGAAAUAAAUGACAUGGUUAAAGUUUUGCCCAGAAGAUUUGAUAACAUGGGUACAGUACAGAUCAAAUUGAAGAGACAUGAAGAUUAUAAAAAUCACUAUAUGUUUGAAACUGUGAGAAUAAAGAAAGUUUUGGAAGCUAUAAAUUAUCUUAUAAAUACACCUCUUUACAAAUCUGAAGGUAUUACAGUAGAUCCAAAUUAUUUGAAAGAUAUAGAAGAUAAGGAAAUUGAAUUUAUAAGUGAUCCAGCUGAUAAAGAUAAAGUAAAAGAUGGUAAAGAAAAUGACCCAAGAAAAACUAAAAGUCCUAAAAAGAAAGAAGAUCCCCCUGAAAUAUUUACAUUGUCUGGUGAACCAGAACCAAAGCCACCUUCUCAUGAACCAAUUCCUGAAUGGAACAUACAAGAUAUUCGAAAUUCCGAAGUAUAUCUAACUAACCAUCAUAUAACUCGAUUUAUAGAUAUUAUAAAUAAAUGUUACACAAAUAAUUAUAUGUUUCCGACAGAUUUUAUAUGUGAUAUGGGCCUAAAACAUGUAAAGGCAAAAGGAAGAAAUAAGAGAAAUGUACAAAUUUUGUUUUUGGAACCAAAAGGAAAUGAUAAAAUUGGUCAUUGGGUUACUACUGUUCACAAAAAUAAAACCAUUUAUGUAUAUGACUCGCUAGAUUGGAAAAGUCUUAAUGAAAUUUGUUUGAAAUUUUUGAAGAAAAUGUAUCCAACAACAAUGAAAAAUAAAAAUUCAAUUAAAUACAUGAAAACUUGUCAACAAAAUGAUAGCUAUUCCUGUGGUGUACAUGCUAUUGCAAAUAGUGUAGCUUUGCUAAAUAAUAUUGAUCCAAGCAAUCUUUGUUAUAAAAUUGAAGAAAUGAGAGAUCAUUUGUAUAAUAUACUUAAAACAGAAGAUGUAUCAAUGUUUCCAAUAGACCCAUCAAGCUCUAUUGAAAUGUGUGAAGAAAUACAAAAUAACGAAAAUAAUAGUGACUCUGAAGAUGAUAUGUUAAUGAAAAUUGCAAAACUUAUAGAGGAUUGUGUAUCUCCUUUAAAUAAGAGAAAACGUGAUGAAGAAGAAAAUACUGAAGAUGUAAAUAAAGAAAAAGAAAAAGAAGAAAAACCAAUUAGCCAACCUAAUAAGAAGAUUAAAAUUGAAAAGGAAGAAGAUAAAGGAAAACUUGUAGAUAUUUUUGAAGAUGAUGACAAUAUACCAAUACCAAAUGAAGAUGUAAUGCUUCUUGAUCUAGAUGCAUAUGAAGCAGCAGCAAGCAAAAUUAAAAUUAUGGCACCUGGACAGGGCAAGAAACCUAUAUAUUUUGAUUCUAAUAAAAACCUAGAAGAAUUGUCAUUUCCAAAGAUAUAUUGUGGAGAAAAAUAUAGAAUUGAAAAAAUUUACUACCAUCAACGUGUUAAAUCAGAAUUGCGUAGAAAAGAUCCACGAUGUCGUAUACCAAAGAAAGUAUUGUACAUGACUAGUGUUAAAUUGAGAAAUUCUGUUACAAGUACAGUAAACACAUGUCUGAGAAAAUCGAAAAAUGUUCAAGAUGUAACUGCUGGUGAUGCACUUAGUGAUACAAAAAUGGAUAAACUAGUUGAAGUUGAUGAUGGUUUUAGAUUCCUUAAAAAUAUUGCUCUUACUCCUGCUUACAAUGCAGAAAAACAACAACUAAUUCUUGGUAUGGUUAGACAAUUGGGUAAACCACAUUUGUUUCUAACAAUUACCUGUUCUGAAAUGCAUUGUCCAGAACUAUUGCAAAAUCUAGCAAAACAAUCAGGAAAAAAAUUGUCACCCACUGAAAGUAUGAAUCUUGAAAAAGCCGAUAGAACUUUAAUGAUUCAAAAUGAUCCCGUAUCUUGUGUAAGAUAUUUUUCAAACAAGUCUAAGAAUUUGAUGAAAAUGUUGACUAUUAAUCCUAACGAACAACCAGGAAAAUGUGGUCCAUUUGGAGAUAAUUUUGUUAUUGAUUAUUUUGAAAGAGUUGAAUUUCAAAUGAGAGGAAGUCCACAUAUGCACAUACUAUUGUGGUGUAAAGAUAUCCCUGAUUUUGACCAAAACAACCCUGAAUCUGUUGAAAAAACUAUUAAAUUCAUUGAUAAAAUUGCUACAUGUAAAUAUAAAGAUCCUAAAAAGUUUCCUCUAAUCAAGAGACAAAUGCAUAGGCAUUCUGAAACAUGUUACAAAGGAAAGAGAAAACGAUGUAGAUUUAAUAUCCCUAUUCCACCUAUGGAUAAAACUGAAAUUUUGUGGCCUUUUACUGAAGAAGAGAGUAAAUUACAAAACCUAGAAAAUCUAAAGCUAAUAUAUGUAAAGAUUGAAAAUGAAGUUAAGAACUUUUCACUAAAAUUUGUUGAUAUGUCUUUUGAUGAUUUUAUGUUAAAACUUGGUAUUACCAGAGAAAAGUAUAUAUUAGCAAUAAGAUCUCGUAUUAAGCGACCUCGUGUGUUCCUUAAACGAAGCACUAUGGAAGUUAAUAUUAAUGCAUAUAAUGAAGACAUUCUAAAUUAUACUGAAUCAAAUAUGGACAUUCAACCUGUAUGUGAAGUAUAUGCAUUGGCAAAAUACCUUGUUGACUAUGUAACAAAAGUUGACUCAGCUCUAGCAAAAAUUUUGAAAGACAUUUCUGAUGAGAUCAAAGUAAACAAGAAUUAUACAUUGCAAGAAAGGAUGCGUAAAUAUGCAAGUGCAUUUCUUAAUAGUAAACUAGUAAGUGCUCAAGAAGCUGCUUAUUAUUGUUUGUCAAUUCCAAUGACUCAAUGUAGUAGAUCAAAUGUUUACAUAAAUACUAGACCCAUAAAUGAGCGAACAAGAAUGUUGAAACAGAUAAAACAAUUGAGACAACUACCCCCAGAUUCCAAAGAUAUAUUUGCUCAAGAUAUUAUUCAAAAGUAUCAAAAGAGAAAACAAGAACUUAAUGAUGUAACUUUGAUUGAAUAUGCAGCAGAUUAUACUGAGGUUAAGAGAAGCAAAGAAGAGGAUGAUAGUGAUGAUGAGAGAGACAUAAGUGUAAGGAAAAGGUCAAAAAUUGUUAGAUUUAAGAGAUAUGAUAAGCUUCAGGAUGAACACCAAUACUAUCGUAUGCAAUGUUUGUUGUAUUUUCCAUUUAGAGAUGAACAGACUGAAAUUGAAGAUGCUGAUUGUAAGCAAAUUUAUCUUAAGAAUUUCAAAGCGAUAAAGCAGGUGCGAGAUAAAUUUAAUUUUAUAUCUGAAGAAGAAGUAAUUGAAGCUAUGGGAAAAGUUCGUGAUGUAAACAGUGAUGAUGAUGAUGAUGAUCCUGUGAACAAACCCGUAUCAAAGUCCCAAGAAUUUCAUUUUACACCUCCUGAAGAGAAGCCCGGUGAUAAAAAACCGCGUAAGUACAUUACUCCAGUUAGAAUUACUAAAGAAGAAUUGUGCCAAAAUAUGCAGUCCCUCAAUGAAAAACAAAGGCAAAUUGUAAUGCACAUAUACAAGUGUUUCACAUCAAAUACCUUGCCAAUACGUAUAUUCCUUUCUGGCUCUGCUGGCGUAGGUAAAACUCGUGUAAUUAAUUGCCUGUAUCAACUAAUCACACAUCAUUUCGAUAAUUUGCCCAAUAGUAAUCCUGAAUCUAUGAAGGUAUUGCUUUGUGCACCAAGUGGCAUGGCAGCCUUUUUGAUUAAUGGAAUGACCCUACAUUUGGCUUUUGCUCUACCUAAUACCCAAAACCCCGUAGAUAUUGACCACUUUUCAGAAGAUAUUGCAAAUACAAUUCGUUGUGAAUUUAAAGACGUGAAACUAAUUGUAAUUGAUGAAGUUUCAAUGGUAGGCUCAAAUACCUCAUUGAAAGUUAGUCAGCGACUAAUACAAAUUUUUGGAGUUCACCAAAGCUUUGGCGGAAUAUCAGUUAUUUUUGUAGGAGAUCUUAACCAAAUAGCACCUGUUGGAGAUAAAUCCAUAUUUCGUGCCCCAGAUAAAAGUAAUGCAGGUAUACUAGAUAUAAAUCCACUUUGGGAGGAAUUUAAAUAUUUUGAACUAACCGAAAUAAUGCGUCAAAAAGAUGAUUUGAACUUUACGAAUGCAUUGAAUAACUUGGCCAUUGGAAAAAUGACCGAAAAGGAUAUAAGUCUUAUUAGAUCUAGAACGGUUAAAAAUGUAAAUGAAGUUCCACCGGAAGCAAUACGAUUGUUUGCUACUCGUAGAAAUGUAGAUGAGUUUAACGAACGAAAAAUUGCAAAUUACCCAGGAGAACUACAUACGUUUGUAGCUAUAGAUAAAGUAAUGAGCGACAAAAAGUCUAAACCUAAAAGUGAAAAUGAACAAAAUAAAAUCCUUAAAGAUAUAGAAAAUCGAGAUCCAAGUAAAAGCGCUGGAGCUGUCCAUACCUUGCAUUUGAAGUUGGGUAUAAAAUAUAUGAUUAUUAAAAAUAUCGAUGUUUCAGACGGUCUAGUUAAUGGAGCUGCAGGUAUACUUCGCCAUAUAACUUUUGAUUCAAAAAAUAAUAUAGGUGUAAUAUGGCUAGAAUUUCUUGAAGAUCGUGUCGGUAAGAAAAUUACAAAAGAGCAGCGGUAUCAAAAUUAUCUUAAAAAGCAUAAUUUGAAAGAAAAUCUUGUACCACUUGAGAAAUGCAAUUUUGUUUUUAGAUUGAAUAAUAGUAGUACGACUACAAUAUCAAGAACGCAAUUUCCAGUCAUGCCGGCAGAAGCUAUAACGAUACAUAAGAGUCAGGGACAAACGUACCAAUCUAUAUGUCUUGAUUUUACUAAACUAGAAAGAAUUACAUUGUGCAUGAUGUAUGUAGCACUUAGUAGAGUAACAUCACUAAAUGGAUUGUAUAUAAUUGGAACAUUUACUCCACAACGCCUUUCACAUAGUGGACAACGGAUAAUUAACGAAAUUCAUAAAUUGAGAACGGAAAAACGUCUUAAAGACUUUUUUGAAGAUGUUCGUAGAGUAGACCCGAAAAAAGUAAAAAUUUGUUAUCAAAAUAUUGUCUCAUUGCAUAAACACUUUAAUGAUAUUGAUACGGAUUCAUGGUACAAAUGCUUUAAUAUUGUAAUAUUGUCGGAAACGAAAACACUUAAGAAUUAUUCGAUCCCAUCUUUCAAAGGUUACCACGUUUUAUAUAGACAAGACAAUGAGAUAGAAAAUAUUGGAGGUCUUUUGUGUUUGAUUAAAAAUGAGGAUAAAUCGAAAAUUAACGUAAUAGCGGAAGAUACUAGAAUCGAUCAUACUAAGAAAUUUAGCUUGAGUUUGUUUGCUUUGGAAUACGGAAAACAAUUUUAUAUUAUUUCUGGGUACAAGUCGCCGAAGGUACCAUUUGAAGUAUUUAAAAAUUCAUUCGAAACUAUUUACUCGAAAAUCCCUAAAUAUUCUGAAAUUAUCCUUAUUGGUGAUUUUAAUUUUAAUCUUUCUACAAAUAAUACGGAUAAAAGAUUUUUAAAAUACGUCGCAGAAUAUAAUUUGGAAACUAAGCUUAAUCCCGAACAAGCUACUACAAAGUAUGAUAGUCAAAUAGACGUAGUUUUGAGUAAUAUACCGGAACAUAAUUUUUCAGCAGGAAUAUACGAAUCUUAUUUCUCUGAUCAUCGACCCGUAUAUUGCAUAGUAGGAGAAAAUGAACAAGCAAAGAAACCCGAUAAAGAUAUUGAAAAGUCACCCAAACGGUCCUAUACACCCGAACAUUUACCAACACCUAAAGUAGUCAAAGUCCCUAAACCUAGAGAUUCUCCAUCAAAAAAGAAAGUAGUUAAAGACAAUAAGGAUCCAAAGACACCUGAGAAAGUAGUUUCAAAAUCACCACCUAAAGCCCAUACACCGGAUUCUUUGCCACCCCCUGAAAUUAAUAAAGAACCUAAAAACAUUUCUUCUCCAUCAACCAGUAAGAAAAUAGUAAAAGAUUCUAGUCCGGAAAAAGAUGUUAAGCAACCUAAUCCUGAUGAUGAACUUGAAUUGUGGAAAUUAGAAGAUAUAGGUUUAGACGAAACAUAUGUAAAUUUAGACCAUAUCCACCGUUUCAUGGAAAUUCUUACUGAAAAAUUCCCUGAAUUUCAAAACGUUCUUCUUGACUACGGAAUCUACGAUAUAGAUGCAUGCCCCAUAAUACAUCCCAGUAGAAAACAUUUGCAAAUAAUACUUACUCAUGAAAAAGUAUCUAACUUCAUAGGACAUUUUACACUUGCGAUAUAUAAUGGUGAUAAUAGGAUAGAUUAUUAUGAUUCGUUGAAUGGUAGAAUAGUAGAUAAACAAGCUUUAAAUUUUCUGAGUAGAUUGCAUCCACAUCUAGAACCAAUUUCGAAUAAUAUUAAAAUUAAUAAAGUUAUGAGGCAGCCAGACAAUGUAAUGUGCGGAAUUUUUGCCAUGGCGAAUGCAGUGAGUUAUGUUUUAGGAAAAGACCCUUGUCAACAGAGAUAUGAUAUAGGACAAAUGAGAAGACACAUAAAAUAUAUUUUGGAAAAUAGAGUAAUUUUGCCUUUCCCAGUAGAAUAGAUAACGUAUAAUUCAAGAUAGAUGUUUUUAAAAGAAAAUGAUAAGUCCUUAAUGAGUUUAUUCUAGAUCAUUUGACCCUUACAAACUACUCGGCCGCCUCCUUUCAUGGGAGGCGGCGCGCAGCAGUUUAAUCCGGCUCAACAAUUCAAGAGCCGGAUCUGAUCCACCUCUACCUCCGGAAGUAUUCUCGGCCGCCUCCUUCACAGGAGGCGCCCCGCAGCUGCUUCAACCGGUUCACUUUAUUCCAUAGCCUGAUUGGAAGAUGCCUACUGCUUCCAAACACAUCUCGGUCGCCUCCUUCAUAGGAGGCACACCGCAGCUGUUUCAUCCAACUCGAAUGACACGAUAGCCUGGUUGUAUCACCUUCACUAAGAGGCACCACUACUUCCGGAAUUCUCCUCGACCGUCUCAUCUCAUAUAAGACGAUGCGAAGGAGUUUAACUUGGCCUAAAUGACGCAAUAGAAAUGACUGCACGAUGACACUCAAUUCUGAGUUGAGUAUCAUGCUGGCUGCGGAUGACUCAGGCUAGACUCUCAAAUUUGUUGAGACGACAACAUACCUAUGUACAUAUCAUCAUAUGAUAACUGCAACCAAGAUAUGUCAACUGAUGACACCUGUAGCCAAGCUAAGAUACUUUUUUAUGGCAACAAUAAAUUAAUAAUUUAAAAGUGAAAGAUGUCAUGACAGUCCCAAGGAUCCAAGCAAAUAGCAAAAUAACAGAUGCAGAGCCAGCUUUUGAAUGGGACUACUUGAAGUAGGCGAUUACUAUAAAGCCUAAGAUCUAUAAGCUAUCGUCUUAAAUUGAGUUAUUAGAUGAUGGGACACUAAGUCUUAUGCCAUGAUGGACUGGACCAUGUUGAAUUAGGCCGUACUCUUAUAUACGCAGUCAGAGAGGUGGAUUUGUGAGCUCAUGCGAGUCUUUCUUAAGCCCUUUACUCGCUUAGGAGAACAACAUGAAUAUAAUUAGAAACCUUCAGUGGAAUUUGAUGAAGUAAACACUAGCGGCAAUCAUUUAAAUAACAAGGAAUGACACAAAAUGACAAGACAACAGAAGGCUACCAUAAUUCAAGAAGAUUACUUAUCUAUAAGAUCUCCUCCUCAAAUUUUGCCGAAAUUUUAAAAUAAGGAAGCAACAUUUAGCUGUGAUUAUUUUGAAUAAAAUUAUAGCACAGCCUUUGUGUACCGCCUGAUGUGCAAUAUGUCAUCCGAUCAGGCACAAAUGUAUUAUGAGCACGAGUCGAUUUAAUUCAAUGCUUUGCGGGUUGUACAGAUGACCGACAACGAAGUACUCCAAGUAAAGUGGUGUCUUUCCAUAAAUCUUACAUACCACUGUAAUGUACUGAGAGUCGCUGUUUGCAGCAAGAUUAUCUUCAAAACUAUUCUGUCAUGCUAUGUUGUACCUGCCUGGCUUUGUACAGCACACAAGAGAUUCCAUCCGACCUCGUGGGCCAUUUUCUUUACACAAUUCGCAAGCAUGUUCCUUGGGAAAGGUAAAAAUAAGAUGAAAUUCAAAGAGGAAGGAGUAGCAACCGUUCUCAAUGAUUCUCAUUGAAUGCUAUGCUAAAGUUGAACUUAAAGGAUUCAGCGCUCAUAUUAAAGUAUACUAUUACAAUUGUAAAUUGUAGACUGUUGUGGAUAAAUUCAAUGUCAACUCAAUAGGAGAAAUCUUCAUGAUUUCCUUCCAUAAUAGGGGCUCUGUUUUCGGCAUAUUGUGGGAAGUAUUUCUACAAAGUCAGCACUUUGGAAAACAAUUUUCGUUGGGAAGUGACUAAUUUUGAUUUUCCAGCAACUAAAAAAGUAUCACUAUUUUAGAUGAAAAUGAAAAAAUGAAAAGAGAUGCGCCUACGAUAUUGCUAUCUUUAAAAUACCGACUGAUUGAACGAUAAGACGACUGUAUGUUACAUGGAUUUACUUUUACAUUAUAUAACAUGUAUCUAGACUUUUUUUUGGAUAAGAUUAAAAAUUUAAUUUUUUUGAAAAUAAUAAAUAAAUAAA